GAAAUGUUGAAGGUCAUAUGAAUGUUCAUGGUGAAUACAUUUUGAGACUCCAGUAAGAUUACUAGGAGAAAUAAUACAAUUUGUACGACCAAUAAAUCAUGUGACCACGAGACUUAAAAAUAUUCAAGAUGGAAUCUUGAAAGUAGGAGUUUCUUCCACCUUUUAGCUAAUAUCCUUGCACCCUAGGUUAAUACUGCACGAUGGCACAGCUGAAGCAAAAGUUUAAGUCCUUGCAAAACCUUAUACAGAAACAGCCGGAUUCACAAAAGGCAACAAAGUCUCCUGAGUUAGAAGUGAAUGUCACAUCAGCUGAGUUAACAGCAGAAGCUGUCGUAGUAAAGGAAAAAGCCCCUGUGUAUGAUCCCCAGGUUGACCAGGAGAUACUUGACAGCAUAGAGAAAGAUUACUUUGAUAGCCAACAAUUUGAUGCUAGUCUCUUUGAAUUAGAGAAACUUCCAGAGGUAGGAGAGUCCUUGGAACUAGGGCAGAUAGACAGUGACAGGCAGAGGUUGAGAGGACAGCUGCAAGCUGUUUCCAAGAAAGUGUCUGAUUUAGUGCUCCAGAACCAUUCAGCAUUUGUAGAUGAGUUGCAUCGUGUUAUAGACCUACAGGAGUCAUUACAAACUGCAACAGUGGUCUGCAAGAAUGGCAGAAGACAAUUGUCCAGUGCCAAGGAAAGAUUCACUACUGCAAGCUUGGGUUUGCUUGCGAAUUACAAGAAAAGACAAAAGUUGGUUGGUCUCCUCAAUUCUAUGAGCACAAUAAAAACAUUGCAAAGGACAGACAUUAGACUUAGGGAAAUGCUGGAAGAGGAAGACUACCCAGGAGCUAUUCAACUCUGCCUGGAGUGCCAGAAGGCUGCUAGUACAUUCAGGCACUAUAAAUGUAUCAGUGAGCUGAGCUCCAAGCUACAAGAUACACUGGAGAUGAUAGAGGAACAACUAGAUGUUGCCUUAUCAAAGACUUGUGGCAACUUUGACAUGAAGUAUUACGACAAAGUGCAGACUGCUUAUAGGUUACUGGGGAAAACACAGACUGCUAUGGACCAGUUACACAUGCACUUCACCAGUGCAGUGCACAAUACAGCAUUCACCAUUGUGCUUGGCUAUGUGGAGCUAACUGCUGCAACAUCAGGGAGCAACUUCCAGAAACGACAGUAUAAUGAUCUUUGUAAAAAUGUUACGCCAGAGACAUUCACUUCCUGUUUGAUAGACCUGUGCAAGGCAUUAUGGGAAGUGAUGAAGAGCUAUCACCAGACGAUGGAGUGGCAUGAACAAAAAGACAAGUCAUUAGAAGAGUCGGGCUCUGGGAGCACCAAUGUAGAUGCACAUUUUACAAGGCGCUAUGUGAAGCAGAAAUUGGAGCAUGGUUUAUCCAGGAUCUGGGGAGAUGUCCAGCAGAAAGUGAAGACGUACAUCCUCAGUACAGAUCUCUCCUAUUUCAAAUUUGAUGAGUUUAUUGAUGUUCUAGACAUCAUCAAUAGGUUGAUUAUGAUUGGAGAGGAAUUCUGUGGCAGUAAAUCUGAAGGUCUCCAAGACUCAAUUAGGAAACAGAGCGUCAAUUACUUCCGCAAUUAUCACCGUGCCAGAAUGGACGAAUUGAAGAUGUUCUUGGAGAAUGAAGCCUGGCAGUUGUGUCCAGUUAAAGCCAAUUUUAGCAUCAUGCAAUUACAGGAGUUCAAGUUUUUACGAAGUCAUGCACAACAACAGAGAAAUAUUAUAGCUACCCCUACGCAAUCACCUGAACAUACUGUACCAACCAACCGUCCAAACUACGGCUUUUUCACAAAGUUUGACAACUCCAGUCCAUUUGAUCUCCCGGCUCAGGAGGAUGAGGAUGAGGAGAAAGAGGAUGUCAUGGCAACCAAUGGGUACAUGGAGGAUCGUCAACUGUCAGUAGAUAGCGAAUCAGAUGAAGACAUUCCAGAGGAAUUAAAACAGGACUUUGUGGACGAACAGACAGGAGAGCUUCCUGUUAAACGUCCUACUAAACUACCCAAGAGUCACUCUGGCAGUUUGAAAAGACAAACCAAGCUAGGUCCUGUGUUAACCAAUACAACUUUAAAUGUGAUACGUUUAAUAGGUAAAUAUGCUCAGAUGAUGAGUGUGUUGAAGCCAAUAGCCUUUGAUGUGAUUAUAUGUAUGUCCCAGAUCUUCGACUAUUAUUUAUAUACAAUAUACAGCUUCUUUGGGAUAGACCUUGGGGAUGUGAAUGAGUUGUCACUCAGCAACAAACUGAGAACAACAUUGAAGAGAAUCAAAGAUAAUCUUAUUUAUGAAGAACAACAGGUCACCCCUACCACACCAGGAGUCCCCACAGUGCCAACAGCUGAAGAGAAAAAGGACAAAUUUGGCCAGCCUUAUCUAUCUGGAAUGGUUGACCUUAGUGUAAGAGAGUCCCUGUAUGGGUUAGCUGCUAGGGUUGUAGCUGCUGAGUCACUUGUGUUCCUGGCUGAACAGUUUGAGUACCUACAGCCUACUUUAGAUAAUAUGAUUCCACAAGCCAAGAAAGCAUUCCUUCAACAAUUCUACUCUCAAACUGUUACAACAGCUGUAGAAAUCAGAAAGCCAGUGUAUCGUACCGUGGCUGCCAAAUCAAUAGACUAUGAGAACCUCUUCAAUCUGAUGGCCACCACAGUCAAGUGGGACAUUAAAGAUAUCAUGUCACAACACAGCAGUUAUGUAGAUAGGUUACUUCAGGAAUUCCAUGCAUUCAACAGUAGGCUGCAGGAAGUGAGUCGGAGGGUGCCAAUACCAAAAGUUGUGGAACACAUUCUCUGGGAAUACUGUAUAAGGCUAUCCAAUAGAACAUUUGUAGAGGGGUACGCUAGUGCUAAGAAAUGCACUAAUGAGGGGAGAGCUUUGAUGCAGCUUGACUUCCAACAGUUUCUCAUGAAGUUAGAAAAACUCACUGACCUCCGCCCAAUUCCCGACCGUGAGUAUGUAGAGGCGUACAUAAAGGCAUAUUACCUACCUGAAGCCCAGUUGGAGCUCUGGGUCAAAGACCAUCGGGAAUACUCUGUGAAACAGCUGGUUUCCAUAGUGAACUGUGUUGACCAUAAAAACAAGAAGGCCAGACAAAGACUUAUAAACUCAAUAGAAGAAACCUGGAAUAGGCGGUGAUAUUCUGAUACACUGGAAUAAUACUACGACCACUUGAUAUAUUAGAAAACUCCCCUGGUGUUCUAGCUUUCUUAUUAGGUGCUUUGGGAAAAUUGAAUUUGAUUUUAAAUAUUCCAUGGGCUGAAAAGAAAUAUUCAAAUUGAUGCAAUAUUUGUAGUAAAUAUUACACAUUGCUUAGAUUCAUAUGAUAUAUAGUAUCAUCAUAGGAAAUAAUAUGUAGUAAUAUCACUGAGCCAUUCCGUUCAAUGGAAGGAGAAUUUGUAGCAUUAUUAUAUAAUAGUUAGCCACGACAUGUAAGGUGAUCAAACACUUAUUUUGAUUUAACUACUAUUUUUAGCCCACUACUCUUUCAAAU